GGGAAAAAGGAUAAGAUGUUUAGAUUCGUCAUCUUUUGAUUUAUUUUCCCUGUCCUUUAAGUUUAGAUAGACGAUUUCAGGCCUAGAGAGACUCUUCCGUUCUUAAACGGCAAAAUACUCGAUGCAUGGCUUACACAUGGCUAUUUUAGCCCUAUUCAGUUCAAUACAGAGGAUUUAAGAAUUUCAUCGCGAUAAAAUUUAAAAUCGACUGGACAUGGGUGCUCGUCACUCGUUGUUGGAUACGAAAUUCAACCUCAAACUCCAGGCCAGAGAAGCUGAAAAGUAUCACGCGAAAUGCUUGAGGGAAGCAGAGGUUGAGAAGCUAAAGGUCAAGUCAGCGUUGGAAAAGAGCAACGCAGAGGCUGCGAGAAUCCACGCAGCAAAUUCCAUUCGGAAGCAUAACGAGGCUCUGAAGUUCUUGCAGUACAAGGCCAAGAUUGACAUGAUCCUUGCGCAGGUAGAGACUGCAAUACGGUCCCAGAACGUAACGGUGGAGCUAAAGAAGGCGCUGCCUCACCUCAACAAAAUCCUAAACUGCAAGUCCAUGGACAGCGUGGAUAUUUUCAGGAGCUUCGAGAAAGUCUUUGAGGACCUCGAAGUUAGAGAGUCGUAUUCCAAUCAGACAAUGGCCCAAGAAACAGCUCAUUUGGCUCCAGCAGAGGAUGUAGAUGUACUCAUUUCGAGGGUAGCCGAGGAACACGCGCUAGAUGUCGGAGAUUUACUCCACGCUACGGGCGUACUAAUCACUCCAACAGCCAACAGGACGGCCGAUACCACCAAAUAG